AUGAUAAAGCAAAUUCUUAGCAAAUUGCCUAAGAAGUUACCGAAAUCGGACUCGUCAGAUUCUGCAAAGAGUGAUUCUGGCAAUAGUACUACUAGUUUUGGGAACGUGUUUCAGUGCACGAAUGUUGGAAGUACAAUUUCGAGUAAAUUAAAUGUUGUGAAAAGGGUAUCUUCUGUUGUUUUUCCUGCAAGUGUGAAUUCCGGAGUGGAGGCGGUUGAUCCUUCUUUAUCGUUCAAAGAUGUUUCGAAUACGCAGAAACAAAGUCUUUUUAUCAGUAAGUUGAAUCUUUGCUGCAAAGUUUACGAUAUGAGUGAUCCUGAUAAGAACUGUAGUGAGCAAGAUGUUAAACGGCAAACGUUGUUAGACCUUGUUGAUUUUGUUUCAUCUGGUUCUGUUAAGUUUACGGAACCAGCAAUUGCCGCGUUGUGUAAAAUGUGUGCGGCAAAUUUGUUCAGGGUUUUUCCACCUAAGUUUCGUUCGAGUAGUGGUGGUGGAGAAACAGAAGAUGAAGAACCAAUGUUUGAUCCUGCUUGGUCUCACCUGCAAGUUGUUUAUGAUCUACUCCUUCAGUUCAUCAAUUACAAUUCUCUUGAUGUGAAGCUUGCGAAAUCGCACGUAGAUCAUGCUUUUGUUUUAAGAUUACUUGACCUUUUUGAUUCCGAGGACCCUAGAGAAAGAGAUUGUUUGAAAACAGUUCUGCAUAGAAUCUACGGGAAAUUCAUGGUUCACAGGCCGUUUAUAAGGAAAUCGGUUAGCAAUAUUAUCUACCGGUUUGUUUUUGAAACCGAGCGGCAUAGUGGAAUUGCCGAGCUAUUGGAGAUUUUUGGGAGUGUUAUUAGUGGAUUUGCCAUGCCGUUGAAGGAAGAGCAUAAAAUAUUUUUGUGGAAGGCUUUAAUUCCUUUGCACAAACCGAAAUCUAUCGGAAUUUACCAUCAACAGUUAACAUAUUGCAUUGUACAGUUCAUAGAUAAGGAUCAAAGAUUGGUUAGCUCCGUGAUAAAAGGACUACUGAAGUAUUGGCCAGUUACAAAUAGCCAAAAGGAGCUUAUGUUCAUGAGUGAGUUGGAAGAGGUUUUGGAAAUGACUAGCAUGGAUGAAUUCAAGAAGAUUAUGGUGCCGCUGUUUCGACGACUGGCUUGCUGCCUCACUAGCUCACAUUACCAGGUGGCGGAACGAGCUCAUUUGCUAUGGAACAACGAGCACAUUCUGAAUCUUAUAACUCAAAACCGACAAGUGAUUCUGCCUCUCGUUUUCUCAGCACUUGUACAUAACUCACAGAAUCACUGGAAUCAAGCAGUGCUGAACCUAACUCAGAACAUAAGGAAAAUGCUAUCUCAGAUGGACGAGGAACUCGUACUCGCCUGCCAACGCAAGAUCGAAGAGGAAGGUUUGAAGUCAAGCGACGUAGCCGAGAGACGAAGAAUAACAUGGGAACGUCUAGAAGAAGCCGCUACCGGCGUCCAAUCCAUAAGCGGUGCCGAUAUCUUACUCCAAGUAAAACCAGCUACUGCUACAUGCUCAGUGGCAUGCUAG